AGCACUAGCAGUAAUAAGAAACACGUCGAAGUCGUCGUAGUUUUACGUGCUCCCGUCCGUCCCGUGCGCCAUGUCACGCAGCAACGCCUUGAUGUGGUUGUUGCUUCUCGCGCUCUCGUGCUGGUCGUGGUGCGGCGCCGUCACGGCGCGGCCGACCCCGAGCGCCAGCACCAGCACCAGCACAGCCGGCGGCGGCUUCAUCAGGUCGUGGUGCGCGGGGACGGACUACCCGGCCCUGUGCAACGCGACGCUGGCCCCGUACGCGGCGGAGGUCGGGGCCAGCCCGGCGCGCCUGUCGCUGGCGGCGCUGACGGUCACGCUGGACGGCGCGCGGAGGGCGACGGCCGCGAUGAAGGCAAUGGCGGCGGGCGGCGCGAGCAGCCACCACCUCGUGCCCGUGGCGGCCGAGGCGGCGGCAGACUGCGUGGGCAUGCUCGAGGACGCCGUGGACCUGCUGCGGCAGUCGGUGGAGGCAAUGGAGCGCCUCGGCAAGGAGCCGGCCAGCGCCAGUGCCAGCGCCAGCGGGCAGGCCGGGCGGAGCGUCAGGUUCCAGGUGAACAGCGUGCAGACGUGGGCGAGCGCCGCGCUGACGAACGACGGCAUGUGCAUGGAGGGGUUCAAGGGCCAGCCCGCCGUCGUGAGGGAGGCCGUGCGGAGGAACGUCGCCGGCGCCAUGCACCUCACGGCCAUCGCGCUCGCCAUCAUCAACGCCAUGGCCAAGCAAAUGUAGUAGGGUUUACGGCAUGGUGUUACGCACGUACGUGUAUAGCAGUGUGUGUUGUGGAUGCCUUGUGCUUGUGCAUAUAUGUUACGUCUCUCUGUGUGCUGUUCUUGUGUGAUGAAAUGAUCACAUCUGAUCCUGAUUUGUUUAGAGCUGUAACGGAAUAAUCAUGGAUGUCUGCUCACCAGUGUCAGGAUACUGCAAUGGAAGAAUCAUGAUUCGUUGUCA